CGCUUUUAUGCUGCCGCUGCCAGCCCAAGUAAGUAGAUCCGGACGUGCGCAGCGCGGAGAGAUAUCGGUCAGAUCCCGAGUGGAAGGAAGAGAGAAAGGCGAGCAGAGCAGCGCGUCAGUGAGCGUGGAAAAAACAGAGCCUGCCGACUGGUGGCAGACGGAGUAACGGAGAGGAGAGCAGUCCACGUAUUACCAUGCGGAGAUUUGAACUACAGAAACUUCAUGACAAACCUCCAAAUCUUCGGGACUAUUAAUAAGAAGAGAGGUGGCUCUGUGAAGAUCAAGGUACGAUAAUGGGGAGGCACUCAGCGGCACUGCUUGUACUGUUCCUGCAGCUCUUCUCUGGCUGCACAGGAAGCCAAAGGUUUGCGAGGGCCGCCUCCAUGCAGUUCACCCACUCUGUUUACAAUGCCACCAUAUAUGAGAACUCUGCUGCUAAGACCUACUUGGAGAGUCACACCAAGAUGGGGAUCUACGUCGCAGACCCAACGUGGGAGAUACGGUACAAAAUCGUCUCCGGGGACAAUGAGAACUUGUUCAAAGCAGAGGACUACUUGUUGGGGGAUUUCAGUUUCAUGCGGAUAAGGACCAAAGGAGGCAGCACUGCCAUUCUCAACCGGGAGGUGAAAGACCACUACAUGCUCACUGUCAAAGCUUCAGAGAGGAGCACAAACUUGGAGUGCCGUACGAGAGUGAAGGUGCAGGUACUGGACACCAAUGACCUGAGGCCUCUCUUCUCACCGACGUCCUACAGCAUCUCUCUGCCGGAGAACACGGCCAUACGCGCAAGCGUGGCAAAGGUCACGGCGACGGACGCGGAUAUCGGUACGAACGGCGAGUACUACUACAGCUUUAGAGAGUGGACGGACAUGUUUGCCGUCCACCCGACGAGCGGGGUGGUGACGCUCACCGGCAAACUGGACUACUCCGAGACAAAACUGUACGAGCUGGAGAUCCUGGCUGUGGACAGGGGAAUGAAGCUGUACGGCAGCAGCGGCUUCAGCAGCAUGGCGAAGCUCACCGUGCGGGUGGAGCAGGCCAACGAGCACGCGCCUGUGAUCACCGCGGUGACCUUGUCACCCUCCGAUGCAGAUUACGACCCCACAUACGCCGUUGUGACGGUGGAGGACAAAGACCAGGGACCAAACGGAGAGAUAUCGUCGCUGAUCGUCGUGGCCGGCGACCCGCUGCAGCAGUUUAAGGCUGUGCGAAGCAGCCCUGGGAGCAAAGAGUAUAAAAUAAAAGCUGUGAAGGAAGUGGACUGGGACAGCCAGCCGUUCGGAUACAAUCUCACGUUGCAGGCGAAGGACAAAGGCAACCCACCUCAGUUUUCAUCUGCUAAACUAGUGCACAUCACGUCUGCAGAAUUCCAAAAGGGCCCUCCGGUGUUUGAGAAGGCCGUCUACAGAGUCAAUCUGAGUGAAUUCGCCCCCCUUCACACGCCUGUGACUAUGGUGACAGCUGUGCCGAGGUAUCCCCAUCAGAAGUAUGCCUUUAAACACAGCUCUGACAAGAACAAAUUCAGCAUCAACCCAGAUACUGGCCUAAUUACCACAUCAGGACCAAUCAACGCUGAUAUCUCCUCAAAGUUUGAGCUAGAGGUGAUCACCGCUGACAAAAAAGCGGCCACAAAAGUGGUCGUUGACGUGACCGAUGUGAAUAACAACGCACCUGAGUUCCAGCAGACAUCCUACAAGGCCAUUGUUGAUGAGAACGUACCUAUUGGGACCAGUGUGGUAGAGGUGAGAGCCACUGAUCUAGAUAAAGGGGAGAAUGGCUAUGUGACCUACAGCAUUACAAACCUGAGCCCCCAGCCGUUUGUCAUUGACUACUUUUCCGGUGUCGUCAGCACUUCAGAGGUCUUGGAUUAUGAGCUCAUGCCCAGGAUUUACAAUCUGAAAGUCAGGGCAUCCGACUGGGGAUCCCCUUUCCGAAGAGAGGUGGAGGCAUCGGUUACCAUCACUUUAAAUAACCUGAAUGACAAUAAGCCUUUGUUUGAAAACAUAGACUGUGAGGUCACUGUGCCAAGAGAUCACGGAGUGGGAGAGCAGAUUACAACAGCCUCUGCGAUAGAUGCUGAUGAACUGCAGCUUGUGCGGUACUACAUUAAAUCCGGGAACGAUCUCGAUCUGUUCGAGAUGAACCCAAACUCAGGCCUGCUGUCGCUGAAGCGCACGCUGAGCGAGGGGGAGGCAGCUAAAGUGUCGUUUCAUAGUUUACAGGUCGUAGCCACUGACGGCGAGCACGAGACUCAGCCGACGAGCAUGAACAUAACCGUCAUUACGGCACGCAAGCCCGUCCAGGUGAAAUGUGUGGAGACGGGUGUGGCCACCAUGCUGGCGGAGAAGCUGCUCCAGGGCAGCAAAAUCCACACCCAGUCAGAGCCGGAGGACAUCUUCAUGGACAUUUACUCAGUCAAUCGGUACUCCCCCCUGUUUGAUGACUCUUUCCCGGGUUUUGUUGAGGUCAAAGAGGACCUCCCUGUUGGGGCUCGGAUCAUUCAUUUAGGUGCUACAGACCCAGACAGUGGCUUCAAUGGGAAAUUAGUGUAUGUUAUUUCAGGAGGAGACGCAGAAAGCCGCUUCAUAAUUGACAUGGAAACCGGCUGGCUCCUGGUUUACUCUCCACUCGACCGCGAAACGACGGACCACUACACCCUCAACAUUACCGUGUACGAUCUCGGGAUACCGCAGAAAUCCUCCUCACGCCUGUUGGACGUGAAAAUCCUGGACGCCAACGAUAACAGCCCUCAGUUUUUGCAGGAGUCCUACGCGGUUGAAAUAAGCGAGAGCACACCUGUCGGGACCGAAAUUAUCCAGGUGGAGUCGACGGAUAAGGAUCAGGGGGACAACGGGAUCGUCAAGUACUCCAUCCUAGCAGGAACAGAUCAUUUUGCUAUCAAUGAACUAACCGGAGUGGUGACCGUGACAAAGCCACUGGAUCGGGAGCGAUAUCCGUUUUAUGUUUUGAAGAUUUCGGCACAAGACCAAGCAGCAAGCGAGCCUCAGUUGGUGUCCACAGUGCCUCUAAAAAUCACCCUGGAAGAUGUGAACGAUAAUCCUCCGAAAUUUGUUCCCCCUAAUUACCGUGUAAAAGUCAGGGAGGACCUUCCUAUUGGUACUGUGAUCAUGUGGCUGGAAGCGCACGAUCCUGACGUUGGACCUUCCAGUCAAGUGCGGUACAGCCUGAUCGAUAAUGGAGACGGACAUUUUGAAGUCGACAAACUCAGCGGAGCUCUUCGGAUUGUCCAGAAUUUGGACUAUGAGACCAAACAGGUGUAUAACCUGACAGCCAAGGCUAAGGACAAAGGGAAGCCGAUAUCGUUGUCCUCCACCUGCUUCAUCGAGGUUGAAGUAGUGGACGUGAACGAGAACCUCUACAGGCCUUUGUUCAGGUCGUUUGUGGAAAAGGGAUUUAUUAAAGAGGACGCCCUCAUCGGGACUUCUGUGAUGACAGUCUCAGCUGAAGACGAGGACUCGGGACGAGACGGAGAGAUUCGCUACUCCAUAAGAGAUGGAUCUGGCCUAGGAGUCUUCGCCAUUGACGAAGAAACAGGUGUCAUCCGAACGCAAGAACUGCUGGAUCACGAGACGACGCCUCACUACUGGCUAACAGUCUAUGCGAUGGAUCGCGGCGUGGUGCCCCUGUCGGCUUUCGUCGAGGUCUACAUCGAGGUCCAGGACGUCAACGACAACGCGCCGCAGACGUCCGAGCCCGUGUACUACCCCUCCGUCAUGGAGAACUCCCCGAAAGACGUGUCAAUCAUCCAGAUCAACGCGGCGGACCCUGAUUCCAAGGCCAGCGACAAGCUCAGCUACAGGAUCACCAGUGGGAACCCGCAGGGCUUCUUUGCCAUCAACAGCAAGACGGGUCUUGUUACCACCACUUCAAGAAAACUUGACAGGGAGCAACAAGAUGAGCACAUACUAGAGAUAACCAUUACCGAUCAUGGCGUUCCUCCCAAAUCCACCACUGUCCGGGUCAUCGUUCAGGUCCUCGAUGAGAAUGACAACAGGCCGUUGUUCCUGGAGAAGAUCUACAAGAUCCGACUGCCCGAGCGGGAGAGGCCCGAGAGAGAGAGAGCCACGAAGAGAGACCCGGUGUAUCGGGUGAUUGCUUCAGACCGCGACGAAGGCCCAAACGCCGAAAUUUCCUAUAGUAUCGAGGAAGGAGACGAACAUGGCAAGUUUUUUAUUGAGCCCAAGACCGGUCUGGUGUCGUCCAAGAAGUUCUCCUCUGCUGGAGAAUAUGACAUUCUUACGAUUAAAGCGGUCGACAACGGACGGCCUCAGAAAUCCUCUACUUGUCGCCUGCACAUCGAGUGGAUCCCCAAACCGGAGGUUCCAGCUGAUGCCGCUCCCCUGCGCUUUGAGGAGUUUCCCUUUAGCUUCUCGGUCAUGGAAAGCGACCCAGUGGCACACAUGGUGGGCGUCGUGGCCACAGAGUCCUCUGAUGUUCCUGUGUGGUUCGAAAUCACAGACGGCAGUGAGGAUUCUGAGAUGUUUUACAUCCUUCAGAUGGCAUGUGACCACAACUGUACAGCAGAAGGUGGUAAUUACGACAGCCGCUUUGACGUAGGCAAGGCCAGUGGAACCUUGAUUGUUGCGCGGCCCCUGGACACAGAGCAGAAAUCAAAUUACAACCUGACAGUGGAAGCCACAGAUGGGACACGAACUGUCAGCACUCAGGUGCUCAUUCGGGUCAUCGACACCAACAACCACCGGCCACAGUUCUCCCAGCAGGUGUACGUUGUGAACAUCCCUGAGGACGAGCCAGCGGGCACUGAGGUCCUGCAGAUCAGCGCUUUGGACCGAGAUGAGAAAAACAAACUGACCUACACGCUCCUUAGCAGCACCGAUCCCUUCAGCCUGCGGAAGUUCCGGCUGGACCCAGGAACGGGCGCUCUGUACACCACGGAGCGGCUGGAUCACGAGACCAUGCACCGCCACAUCCUCACUGUGAUGGUUCGGGAUCAGGACAUUCCAGUCAAAAGGAAUCUUGUUCGUGUCAUUGUCGACGUGGAUGACACCAACGACAAUGCACCCUGGUUCAUAGGCACACCUUACUCUGGCCGUGUGUUUGAAUCGGCUGCCAUCGGCUCGGCUGUGCUGCAGGUCACUGCUCUUGACAAAGACAAGGGCUAUAAUGCUGAAGUCACCUACAGCAUCGAGUCCGGAAACAUUGGGAACUCUUUUGCUAUUGAUCCUGUUCUUGGAACAAUCACCGUGGCCAAAGAGCUUGAUUGUAGCAGCAAAUCAUCAUUUGAACUCAUUGUUAAAGCCUCUGAUAACGGAGCGCCGCCAUUGUCCUCUACAGUCACUGUAAACAUCGAGGUUACUGUUUCAGACAACGCCGCCCCCAGAUUCACUGAAAAGGAGUUCUCUGCAGAGGUCAGCGAAUUAGCCCCCACAGGAAGUUUUGUGAGCAUGGUCACUGCCAUCAGCCAGUCUUCUGUUUUCUACCAGAUUAAAGGAGGCAACGUCAACAAUGCUUUUGACAUCAACCCAAACUCAGGAGUGGUGGUAACCCAGCAGCCUUUAGAUUAUGAGACCACGUCUGAAUACAAGCUCAUCAUACAGGGCACCAACAUGGCUGGGCUUGCCUCUAACACAACGCUACUGAUUCAUCUAAAGGAUGAAAACGACAACGCUCCAGUCUUCACUCAGAGGGAAUUCAAGGGAGUAAUCAGUGAGUUGGCCUCCAUCAACAGUGUUGUUCUGACGCUUGAAAACAGGCCUUUUGUCAUUCAUGCCUCCGAUGCGGAUUGUGACCAGAAUGCCAGACUCAUUUAUCAAAUCGUUGAGCCUUUUGCUCAUAACUAUUUUGCCAUUGACUCAAGCACCGGAGCCAUCAGAAGCACAACAGCUUUGGAUUACGAACAGAGGAGCGUUUUCCGCUUCACAGUUCAAGUUCAUGAUCUCGGAAUGCCUCGCCUGUUUGCAGAGACGCCGGCCAAUGUGACCAUCCAAGUAAUUGAUGUUAACGACUGCUCGCCCGUUUUCAGCCAAGAACUGUAUGAAGCAGCCGUCAUCGUGCCAACCUACAAAGGGGUGGAAGUAAUUCAAGUGAACGCUACAGACCUUGACUCUGGGCCCAAUUCGAAGCUGCUUUUCUCCAUCACUGAGGGAAAUAUUGGUGACAAGUUUAAAAUCGAUCCCGUCACGGGUAUUGUCUCCAUUCAGAAUGUCACGCAGCUCAGGAGCAGAUACGAACUAAAGGUCAGAGUUUCUGAUGGAAGAUUUGCCAGUGCAGCUACAGUGAAGGUCACUGUUAAGGAAAACAAGGAGAACAAGAGGACGUUCACUCAGGACUCAUACCAAGCCUACAUUCAAGAGAACUCUUCUGACAAGAAAACGCUAGCGGUUAUUGCAGCUGUUGGGAACCAAGUGAAUGAGCCUUUGUUUUAUAGAAUAUUAAACCCUGACAACAGGUUUAAAGUCAGCAGCACUUCUGGCGUUGUCUCAACCACUGGGAUUCCUUUUGAUCGGGAAGCACAGGACACGUAUGACAUUAUCGUUGAGGUCACUGAAGAGAAGAAAUCUGAGGAAACUGCUCAUAUUUUAGUUACGGUUACCGUGGAAGAUGUAAAUGACAACAAGCCAUUGUUUGUCAACCUCCCCUAUCAUGCCCUGGUCCAAAUGGAUGCUGAGGAAGGCCAUGUCAUCCGGCAGGUAACAGCAGUGGACAAAGACAUAGGCUCAAAUGCAAACAUCCAUUACUCUCUAAAGGAGCCUGAGAAACACUUUGAAAUCAGCCAGUCUGGUGAAAUCCUGCUCAAAACCAAGUUUGAGAAAGACUCGCUCGACACAAAGUUUGUUCUGGUCGUUGUGGCAACGGAUAAUGGGAAACCACCUCUCUCAGCAGAAGUUGAAGUGCCAGUAACAGUAGUGAACAAAGCAAUGCCUGUGUUUGAGAGGCCUUUUUACAGCAUUGAAAUCCCUGAAAACAUUCAGCUGCACUCCCCUGUGCUCCAUGUGCAAGCCAAUGACUCUGAAGGGCCUCGCAUUGUGUACACCAUUUCUGAAGGAGACCCUUUCAAACAGUUCUCCAUUGAUUUUAACACUGGGGUCAUUCACGUGAUUCAGCCUUUGGACUUUGAGACGCAUCCUGCUUAUAAGUUAAACAUAAGGGCCACAGACUCGCUGACUGGAGCUCACUCUGAGGUGUUUGUUGAUAUCAUACUGGAAGAUGUAAAUGACAACGCUCCUGUGUUUCUGUCAAGUUCCUACUAUGCCAAUAUUUCUGAGGCUGCUGUUAUUGGCACAUCAGUUUUGCAGGUGGUAGCACGAGAUUCUGACACCGGCAACAACAAGGAAGUAUUUUAUCAGCUGGUUGAGGAAAGGGGGAAGAGCUCAGACUUUUUUUCCAUUGACCGUGACUCGGGAAUAAUCUACACAGCUCAAGUUCUUGAUCAUGAAGAAAUCCAGCAACACAAGUUGAGAGUCCGGGCUGUGGACGGUGGCGUCCCGGCUCUGAUGAGCGACAUCACUGUGACGGUAGAUGUUACAGACCUGAAUGACAAUGCACCAGUUUUUACCGAGCCCACUUACCAAACCACCAUCAGUGAGUUGGCCCCACGUGGAUACUUUGUCAGCCAAGUCCAAGCUUCUGACGCCGACAGCUCCGAUGUAAACAAGCUAGAGUUCUCUAUUAUAUCUGGCAAUGAGGAGCAGAACUUCGCAAUCAACAAACAAACCGGUGCCAUCGUCAUUUCAAACCAUCGGCGGCCACAUAUGCAGCCUUUUUACAACCUUAGUGUAUCGGUGUCGGACGGUGUAUUUAGAAAUUCUGCCAUGGUCAUGGUAACAGUUAUCGGGGCCAAUUUCCACAACCCUACCUUCUCCCAGACUGAGUAUUUGGUGGAGGUUGUCGAAAACUCACCUGUUGGUACUCUAGUAGCAGAGGCUGAGGCAACAGAUGAUGAUGAAGGGAUCUUCGGCCAGAUUACAUACCACAUUGUCAACGACUUUGCAAAAGACAAAUUUUCUAUCAAUGAAAAAGGAGAGAUUUUCACUCUUGAAAGCCUAGAUCGUGAAAACACAGUUGAGAAGGUGAUUCCUAUUUCUCUGAUGGCUAAAGAUGGCGGUGGAAAAGUAGGCUUUUGUGUCAUCAACGUAAUUGUCACGGAUGCAAACGACAACUCUCCACAGUUCAGGGCAGUUGAGUACAAGGCAACUAUUGCAUCAGACGUCCCAAGAGGAACAUCUGUGCUCAAAAUUGCUGCUUCGGACAUGGAUGAAGGAAGUAAUGCUGACAUAGAGUACUCCAUUGAAGCAGAUGUUGAAAAUGUCGGCGAGAACUUUGAAAUCCACAAAACCUCUGGGGUCAUUGUUACCAAAGAAAGCCUGAUUGGACUUGAAGGUGAGCUCUAUGCAUUCUUUGUAAGGGCAAAGGACACUGGCAAUCCACCCAGACAUUCAGUUGUCCAGGUUUACAUCAGGAUUGUCUCAACAGAGACACCGAUUCCUAAAUUUGCCGAACCGUACUAUCGGCAUACCGUUGCUGAGGACCUUCCUGUUGGAACAGAGAUUGACAUAAUUCAGGUAGUGAGUGACCAGCCCGUAGUUUACAGCCUUGUGAGAGGCAGCACUCCAGAAAGCAAUGGGGAUGAAGUAUUUGUUGUAGACAGAGAUACUGGAGCCUUGAAGCUUGAGAAGAGACUCGACCAUGAGAUGACCAAAUGGUACCAACUAACUCUGCUUGCUCAAACCAAACAUGAGAAUUACGAAAUAGUUAAUUCAGUAAAUGUAAACAUCCAAGUGAAAGAUAUCAAUGACAACAAACCAAUCUUUGAGGCAGAGCCUUAUGAGGCUGUCACUGUUGAAAACCUUCCAAGUGGUACACAAGUUAUUCAAGUCAAAGCCACAGACCUUGACUCCGGAACCAACGGCCAGAUUCUCUACAGCCUAGACCCCAAACAGUCCUCGCAGGAAAUCUUUGAGCUGUUUGCCAUUAACAGUGAAACAGGAUGGGUGACAACCUUGAAGGAGCUCGACCGGGAAAAAAUGGAAAAAUAUGUCAUCUCUGUCCUCGCCACUGACCAAGGCGACACAGUCCAGCACAUCACCGGCACCAGUGUGGAGUUGAUGGUAGCCGACGUGAACGACAACUCGCCCCGGUUCACCGCAGAGAUCUACAAGGGGACAGUCAGUGAGGAUGACCCCCCGCCCAGUGGGGUGAUCGCCAUCCUCAGCACCACAGAUGAGGAUUCUGAGGACAUUAACAAACAAGUGAACUACUUUAUCACAGGAGGGGACCCACUUGGCCAAUUUGCCAUUGAGCACAUCCAGAAUGAGUGGAAGGUCUCUGUCAGAAAGCCCUUGGACCGAGAAGUGACAGACAACUAUCUCCUCAACAUCACUGCCAGCGAUGGCAUUUUCAUUGCUAAAGCAGUCGUGGAAGUCAAGGUGUUGGACGCCAAUGAUAACGACCCAGUUUGCGAGAAGUCCAUCUACAGUGAGAGCGUCCCGGAGGACUCCCCGGCUGGCAGGCUCAUCUUGCAGGUCUCUGCCACAGAUGCUGACAUCCGCUCAAAUGCCCAAAUCUCUUACGAGCUCCAGGGAUCAGGAUCGGAGCUGUUCAUCAUUGACUCAGACACAGGUGAGUUGAAGACCUUGCAGCCUCUCGACAGAGAAGAGCAAGAUGAGCACAGGUUCAGAGUGCGAGCUCUGGACGGAGGAGGGCGAUACUGCGAAGCUGAAAUCCACAUCACCGUGGAGGACGUCAACGACAACCUGCCGCAGUUCUCAGCCGAGUCUUACUCCAUCACGGUGUUUGAGAACACAGAGACAGGCACAUUGGUUGGAAAACUGCUGGCAAAUGACAUCGAUGCAGGUAUUAAUAGUGACAUCGUCUACUCCUUGGCCGACUCUGCUGAUGGAUCCUUCUCUAUCGACGAGCAAACUGGCGUGAUAACCCUGGAGCGGCCGCUGGACCGGGAGGUGCAGUCAGUCUACCAGCUGAAGGCCCGCGCCAGCGACCAGGGCUCCCCGCGCUACUCCUCGCUGUGUGAGGUGGUGGUGUCGGUGCUGGACAUCAACGACAACCCGCCGGUGUUCGAGCACCGCGAAUACACGGCCAGCCUGUCCGAGGACGUGGCCGUGGGCACCCAGGUCGUAAGGGUGCAGGCGGCCAGCCGCGACGCGGACGCCAACGGAGAGAUUUCCUACAGCAUCAUCAGUGGGAAUGAGCACGGCAUGUUCAGCGUGGAUCCCCGCACCGGGGACAUAUUUGUGAUUGAGGCGUUGGACUACGAGGUCUCCCAUGAAUACUACAUCACCAUAGAGGCUACUGAUGGGGGCUCGCCUCCGCUCAGCGACAUCGCUACCGUCAACAUCAACCUGACCGACGUCAACGACAACAAGCCGGUCUUCAGCCAGGAGGUUUACACCACCGUCAUCAGCGAAGACGCCGAGCUGGGGAAGAACGUAUUAACAGUGAUGGCUGAGGAUUCUGACGGCUCUUCCUACAACAACAUCCGCUACUCCAUCGUGGACGGCAACCAAGGCAGCCCGUUUACCAUGGAUCCGCUCCGGGGGGAACUUAAAGUUGCUCGCCAGCUGGACAGAGAGAGAACAUCUGGAUACACUCUGAAGGUGGUCGCUGCGGACAAUGGCGUGCCCCCUCUCUCCAGCAGCGCCAUAAUCAACAUCGACAUCUCAGACGUCAAUGAUAACCCACCCCUUUUCUCCCAGGCCAACUACAGCCUCAUCAUCCAGGAGAAUCGACCCAAAGGCACAAGUAUUCUCCAGCUCACCGUGAGCGAUCGAGACGCCUCGCACAACGGCCCGCCUUUCACCUUCACUAUUGUGGAUGGCAACGAGGGGGGUGCUUUCCACAUCAACCAGCAGGGAGCUGUUGUGACCAUGGGGGUGCUGAGCAGGAAAACUAAAGAAAACUACCUACUUCAAGCACAGGUGUCGGACAGCGGCAAGCCUCUCCUCUCCUCCACCGCCUUCAUCAACGUGCGCAUCAUCGAAGAGAGCGUCUACCCCCCAGCAGUACUUCCACUGGACAUAUUUGUGUCUGUGGCUGGCGACGAGUACCCCGGGGGCGUAUUAGGGAAGAUCCACGCCACCGACCAGGACAUCUACGACACCCUCACCUACAGCCUCGCUCCUCCAGCGUCCUCCUCUGCGGAUGAGAGCGGAGCCUUGUUUUCAGUCUCGGCCUCAGACGGCAAAAUCAUCGCCCUGCGGCCCCUCGACGUGGGCCACUACCCCCUCAAUGUGACAGUGACCGACGGGCGCUUCACGACCCCAGCGGACGUCAACGUGCACAUCCGCCAAGCAACUCGUCAGGCCCUGGACAACUCCAUCGCUGUGCGCUUUGGAAACAUCGCCCCAGAGGAGUUCAUCGGGGACUACUGGCGCAACUUUCAGCGAGCGCUCAGGAACAUCGCCGGGGUCAGGAGGAGCGAGGUUCAGUUAGUGAGCCUUCAGCCCGAGCUCGGAGACCUGGACGUCCUGUUGACUCUGGAGAGAUCCGGCAGUCCGUACCAAUCCCAGGAGGUCGUCUUCCGUAAGCUCAACUCCUCUGCGGCUGUGAUCGAGGACAUGAUCGGGGUCCGGAUUGUGCGCGUGGUCCAGAAGCUGUGCGCGGGUCUGGACUGUCCGCUGCACUUCUGUGACGAGGUCGUCUCCCUGGAUAAAAGCGCCAUGUCCACCUACAGCACCGCCCGCCUCAGCUUUGUCACGCCACGGCACACGCGGACCGCCACCUGCCAGUGUGACGGUGGCAGAUGUCCUGUGCUGAACAACCUGUGUGAAAACAACCCCUGUCCAGAGGGGAUGGACUGUGUGGCCGACCCUAGAGAUGCCGUUUAUAGCUGUGUGUGUCCAGAGGCCAAGAAGGGCAAAUGCUCCGACGGCCACUCACUGACAUUCAGGGGAAACGGUUAUGUGAGGUACCUUCUGAUGGAGAAUGACAACAAGGAGCUGAUGAAGCUGUCUCUCAGGCUCCGGACCUUCUCCAGCCACGCCACUGUCAUGUAUGCUAAAGGGACAGACUACAGCAUCCUUGAGAUCGUAAACGGCCGCCUGCAGUACAAAUUUGACUGCGGCAGCGGUCCCGGCCUGGUGUCCGUCCACAGCGCCCAAGUUAACGACGGGGAGUGGCACUCCGUUUCUCUGGAGGUGGAUGGCAAUUAUGCCAAACUGGUGCUGGACCGGAUGCACGCCGCCUCGGGCACGGCUCCCGGCACUCUGCGCACCCUCAACCUCGACAACAACAUUUACUUCGGCGGACACCUCCGUCAGCACCCCUCCCCGCGCCUCGGCCCCAGCCCGCCGGUCACCAACGGCCUGCGCGGCUGCAUGGAGGCCAUCGCGUUGAACGGCCAAGAGCUGCCCCUCAACACCAGAGCGCGGGGGGGCUACGCCGUGCUGGAGGACGUGGUGGACGUGGCCCCGGGCUGCGCACUCACCCCGGUGGAGAGUUGUUCCAGCAACCCCUGCACCAACGGAGGGAGCUGCGUCUCUUUGCCUAACGGAGGCUACUUCUGCAAGUGUCCUGCCUCGUUCAUGGGCACGCACUGUGAGAUCGCAAUAAGUCCCUGUGCCUCCAACCCCUGUCUGUACGGUGGCACCUGCGUCCCCCGUGCAGACGACUUCUACUGCCAGUGCAGAGGGCAGUACUCAGGACAGAGGUGCCAAUUAGGGCCGUACUGCAGAGACAACCCCUGCAAAAACAGCGGAAAGUGCAUCGACAGCUUGGACGGUCCGGUGUGCGAGUGUGAAGCUGGAUUCCAGGGAGACAGGUGCCUGAGCGACGUCGACGAGUGCAUCAAGAACCCCUGCGCCAACGGAGGCCAGUGCCAGAACACGUACGGCUCCUUCAGGUGUAACUGCUCGCUGGGUUUCCGCGGACAGACGUGUGAACUCCCAGCCGAGGUCCCCAAUCAGUUCGUCUCCACGUCCUGGAACAUCGGCCUAGAGGAGGUGAUCGGCAUCGUGGUCUUCGUCUCCGUCAUUUUCAUACUGGUCCUCCUCUUCAUUAUCAUUCGCAAGAGGGUCUGCCGCAGCAAGUCGAAGACGGGCGGCGACGACAGGCACCCCGGGGGUUCCGGCGUGCCUCAAUCCUUCCUCCAGAGGCCUUACUUUGACUCCAAACUCAACAAGAACAUCUACUCCGACAUCCCGCCUCAGGUGCCUGUGCGUCCCAUCUCCUACACUCCCAGCAUUCCCAGCGACUCGCGCAACAACUUGGACAGGAACUCGUUCGAAGGCUCGACCAUCCCAGAGCACCCGGAGUUCACCACGUUCAACCCAGACUCUGUUCACGGGCACCGUAAAACCGUGGCCGUCUGCAGCGUGGCGCCCAACCUGCCCCCUCCGCCUCCAUCCAACUCUGUGUCAGACAGCGACUCCAUACAGAAGCCCAACUGGGACUACGACUACGACACUAAAGUGGUGGACCUGGAUCCCUGCCUGACCAAGAAGCCCGUGGAGGAGAGCGCCUGUCAGCUGUACAACACCAGAGGCAGCAUGUCCGAGGUCCACUCCCUCAGCUCCUUCCAGUCAGAGUCCUGUGACGACAACGCCUCCAUUGUGACAGUAAUCCACCUUGUCAGUUCUGUUGUUGACACGGUGGAAGGAGAAGAGUCUUUUUUGGCUCAUGAUAUCAAGAACCCAAGAGGAUAUCAUUGGGACACAUCUGAUUGGAUGCCAAGUGUUCAACUUCCUGGAAUCCAGGAGUUUCCGCAUUAUGAGGUUGUGGAGUCCCCUGCGCCUCAGUACAACGAUCCAAGUGCCAUAGACACCGACUACUAUCCCGGUGGCUUUGACAUCGAGAGUGGUUUCCCUCCACCGCCAGAGGAUUUCCUUGCAAGCGACGACCUCCCGCCACCACCUCUACCAGAGUACAGCGACCGCUGCGACACGCUGCGUUCCCUAAACAGAGACUUGAAGAAGCCCGCCUCGGGAAGCAACAGCUCCAUCCACCAGCGCCCGGCCUUGCCCCAGAUCUACAGCCUUAACCAGUACCUGCCGCAUCACUCCUACCCAAGUGACGGCGGCGACGCUGAGGGCCAGGGCACUUCCUCCGCCUCUGCUACCAUCACCCCUGCUUCCACCAUGGGCAACAGCGGCUACAGAGGCGGGUUCGCCUUAGGCUGCGGCCGGGACUUUGACUCCACAGCCCUGGACAACAUGUCAAUGUCUCUGUACACAUCCACGGCCUCCUGCUCAGACAUGUCGGCGUGCUGCGAGGAGUCUGAGGUGAUGAUAAGCGACUACGAGAGCGGCGAGGAGGGCCACUUUGAGCAGCUGACCAUCCCGAUGCUCAACUCUCAACAGCACACUGAAGUCUGACACUGGAUCCAAACAAAAGUGCCUGAACCCACAGCUACUCUCACUGGUAGCCGCUGACACAACACCGACACUAGAAACGCACAGUAUGUGGGCACACAAAAAGAGCACCACACACAUACUUGUCAUGCAAGAGGGUUGACAGUGGUAGUAAAGGGCAGGGGUGCUGGUCAUUCACCCCUUUGCCGUUUUGUAUCUUUCUGCAUUUGGUCCUUUCGUAGGGAUAGUGUGUCAUUUUGUGCAGGCCAGGGGGGACAGUUCAUGCCAACUUUUGAUUUACAGUAAUUUUCUAUAAGCUGCUGGUAUUCUAUUAGAAAGAAAUGUGAUGAUAUGACUCCAGGAAAUAAUAUCCUCCACCAAGAGGUUGCUUGAUAAUGAUUCUGCCCUGAUCAGAGAUUCUAGCUUGUCAUGUUUCUUACUAGUCGUCUGGACCAAAUGGGAAUCGGAACAGAAAUCAAUGGAAAUAAAAGAUGAAUAUACAGUCAAAUUAUAUCAUACAUGCAAUUCAGCUCAAUAAUCCAUGAAUAUAUUUGACUUAAAAAAGUUAGACUUUUAAAUACGUCGGUACGAAGAAGCGGUUUGUUCCCAGGUAUGAAUCGGAAGCACCCAGCCAAUGUGUGUAUGCGGGCCCCUUUGGGUUAUGCUUAGACUGGAUUGGUACUAAGUGGGCCUUGGCGGAUAUUGGGUCUCUUGUAUGGGAUCCACUUGAGUUGACUAGAUAUCAGGGGUUAGGUUGGGUUUAGUAUCAGUAAAAAAGUAGGCGUUAGCUGGGUGUAAAACGGUCGUUGGGUAAAAUUAAUUCAAAAAUCAAGGUCCCGCUGUUUACCUGAAGUUUUCCUACACCACACCUAUCCAUACAGUUUACAUAUGGUCAGCCAUGUAGCUCACAGACAGUCCUAUCAAGGACCCAGUUUUCUCCGCAUUUCCAACCCACAUGGGCCCCAUAUUUAAAUGUUGGCCGGGCAGAAAGGGACAAAAUGACAAAGCAUGGGUACGAAACGGAGGUACAGAUUAGCAAAAGGGGGAAUUGAAAGGCCAGAGAAGAUAUGAAGAGGUUAAAGGAGGCCUUCUGUUGCUUCUACUUUCGCUUAUAUCAACUCCUGCCCCUUUGAGAUGGCAUUACCAAUACUUUAAAGGAGAUUUAUUAUGCUUUUGUUUACUGCUCUAGAAGUAGAACCUCCAAUCAAGGCUUAAACAUAAAAGGAGGAAGUAAUUUACAACAAUGUGAGCAAACACAGUUACGUCUGAGUUUAUGUUAGCAGCUUCAGCAGAACCGUAGAGAUCAAACCAGUUUUAAACAACAUUUGACCAAAGUGAUAUUCAAGCCUUCUAUGCACUAAAAUUAAAAUUAAAGUGAGAGACGAGCUAGUUGUUUGACAGAACGUUACUGCCUGGUGUACUUUCAGUGUUACAUUAAAGCGGGUGGCACUUUGGCGCAUUCUCCUCACAAACCCCUGCUAACCUGGGCAUUUAGGGAUUGUUGUUUUAGGUGUUAAAAGAUCAAUCUUGCUAUACUGUCACACUGUUACAGCAGAUGUUUUUGCAGUUUUUUCUUUUAGAUUUCUGCUGCUGCUGUCACCUUAGCUUGAGCUCAAUUACAAAAAGGAUUAAGAGGUAAUAAAAUCUGUAUUGCUCAAAUAAAAAUUUACUUAUGUAUGCAAUUAAGAAAAGAUCUAAUUGUUAAUGGAUAGAAAAUAAAACUUUAUAUUUUAUAAAAAGCUAAUUUACUUUUAAAAAUGAAUAAAUACCCAAGUGGAGCUCUAGAAAUGUAAAACAGAAAAUGCCCAAAACAAGCAUAAUAUAUCCCCUUUAAGUAACUUGUGUCUCGCAGAAAAAGUGAGUUUCUGAAGUUUCAACUUUUCAGUGUAAAACAGAAAACAUCCUAAUAAAAAUAAAAAUCAUGACAAUAUUUUUGUUUUUAUAAAUCAAGUGAGACAUUUUUAUACCAGUCCUCAUUUUCAAUGUAAAUUUAAGUGUACAGUUUUGAUUUCAAAGUUGACUAGGUUUUGUAGAUAUUCUAUGCUUUUAUUUUCAGUUUAUUUUCAAUGAAAAAAAAAAAGAUUUAAAUUGUGUAAAAUCAGCCAUUCUGUGCUUACAUUCACUAAAAAAAAAAAGAACAGGAAAAAAAGAGAGAAGCGUGACUUUUCUGAUCAGUGUACUCGUAAAAGUUUUAUCGUCUCUAAAUGCUCUUUGCAAAAUGGGUCUUCAAUGAACGACUGCAUAUUCUUGUGUUGUUGUUUUUUUUUUCUGUUUGUACAUUUUGACUCUGAAACUUCUUUAUUUUUCCACCGAGAUAAUGGGACCCAAUAUAUUUAUAGUGCAGAGUUAUUCAUGGGCACUGGGGAAGGUUUUCAUGUGUCUGUGUGUGUCUGAGCAAUGCUAUGGUCUUGUUAAGGUUUUGAUUGAGUACUGCCACGAGCUCACGCUUUCCUACCGGCAAUAAAUUAUUCCUAAAAAAUGCAAA